UGCCAGGAAGGCACCMAGAGCUUCARCCGGGGCUUGGASYKRGWGGUUCAUGAGCAGCUUCACGCUGGGGAGAAGCCCUACAAGUGCUUGGAGUGUGGGAAGAGCUUCGGCACGAGCACCAUCCUGCUCCGUCACCGGCUGAUCCACACUGGGGAAUGGCCCUACGAGUGUGGGGAAUGUGGGAAGGGCUUCAGAUGCAGCUCUGAACUGAUCCAGCACCAGCGCAUCCAUACAGGGGAGAGGCCCUAUGAGUGUGGGGAAUGUGGGAAGACCUUCCGUAAGAGCUCCAACCUCGUUUCCCACCAGCGGAUCCACACUGGGGAGAGGCCCUACGAGUGUGGGGAAUGUGGGAAGACCUUCAUUCAUAGCUCAAACUUCGUUUCCCACCAGCGGAUCCACACCGGGGAGAGGCCCUACGAGUGUUCUGAAUGUGGGAAGACGUUUAAGAGCAGCUCCAAUCUCCUCCUGCACCAGCGGAUUCACACGGAUGAGAGACCCUUCCGCUGCCCCGACUGCGGGAAGGGCUUCAAGCAAAACUCCACCCUCGUCACCCACCGGCGCAGCCACACUGGAGAAAGGCCCCACAGCUGCUUUGAAUGUGGGAUGAGCUUCAUCUUGAGCUCCCACCUGAUCAGCCACCAACGCAUCCACACAGGGGAGAGGCCCUAUGAGUGUCCUGAGUGUGGGAAGAGGUUUCAGAGCAGCUCCAGUCUCCUCCUGCACCAGCGGAUUCACACAGAUGAGAGGCCCUUCCGCUGCCCCGACUGUGGGAAGGGCUUCAAGUACAACUCUAACCUCGUCAUCCACCAGCGGAUCCACACUGGGGAGAGGCCCUACGAGUGUCCUGAGUGUGGGAAGUGCUUCACCCAGAGCUCUAACUUGACCCGACACCAACGGCGCCACAAGUAAGGGAAGCCCUGUGAGUGCCCCGAGUUUAAGAAGAGCUCUGUGCGCUGCUCCAACUUCGUCCCCCAUCAGAGGACCCACGUUGGGAAGAGACCUGGUGACCCACAUUCCUGGUGAUCCUGUUUGGUAUGACACCUGGCUGGUGGUCUCCACAUCCAUCCUUGUAAACACCUGCAUGAGU